CCCACCCAGGCUGAGCUCCGGUGCAGUUGAAUCGGUCCGGCAGUCCGGCAGCGGAAUGGACGGAGAUGCCGCUGUGUGACUCGGAGCCUCUCUACAGCCAGCCGAACAAGAACCGGAACAGGAAGUCAGCGGAAAACACGGAAUUAACCGGAAAUGGACAACAGUGACCCGUAUUUACAUCUCAACUCACUUGGGACACUGAACUCCUCUCUCUCACAGCCUGCACCAGUGAGCUCCAUGAUGGGGCACUCGUCUGUCAUCAGCACCUCGCGUCCCCUUACUGCGUCUAUGGGCUACUCGGUCAUCACUUCUUCAAUGAGCUCGCCCUCCGUCUCGCUACCCUCCACGCCUGCCGUGGGCUUUGGUCCCCUCAGUAGCCCACAGAUGAACUCUUUAAGCAGUGUGAGCAGCUCAGAGGACGUAAAGCCCCCUCCUGGUCUGCCCCCUCUGGCCAACAGCUACCAGUGCACCAGCCCCGGCUCCAUGUCCAAACACAUCUGUGCCAUCUGUGGGGAUCGCUCCUCAGGAAAACACUACGGUGUGUACAGCUGUGAGGGGUGCAAAGGCUUCUUUAAGAGGACCAUCCGGAAAGACCUGACCUACACAUGUCGAGACAGUAAAGAGUGUCUGAUUGAUAAACGCCAACGCAACCGCUGCCAGUACUGCCGCUACCAGAAGUGUCUGGCCAUGGGCAUGAAGAGGGAAGCAGUUCAGGAGGAGAGGCAGCGUGGGAAGGAGAAGUGUGACAGUGAGGUGGAGUCUACCAGCAGUUUUAACGAAGACAUGCCCGUGGAGAAGAUCCUGGACGCUGAGCUCGCAGUGGAACCCAAAACAGAAACACAUGCAGAUGACAGUCCAGGAAACUCUACCAAUGACCCUGUCACUAACAUCUGCCAGGCAGCAGACAAGCAGCUUUUCACACUGGUGGAAUGGGCAAAAAGGAUACCGCACUUCUCCGAACUUCCCCUGGACGAUCAGGUCAUUUUGCUACGUGCAGGCUGGAACGAGCUGCUCAUCGCCUCGUUCUCGCACCGCUCCGUCACGGUGAAAGACGGCAUCCUGCUGGCCACAGGGCUCCACGUGCACCGGAGCAGCGCCCAUAGUGCUGGUGUGGGCUCCAUUUUCGACAGAGUGUUGACUGAGCUGGUGUCUAAGAUGAAGGACAUGCAGAUGGAUAAGACAGAGCUGGGCUGCCUCAGAGCCAUUGUUCUGUUUAACCCUGAUGCGAAAGGCUUGUCUAACCCUGCUGAGGUGGAGAUGCUUCGAGAAAAAGUCUAUGCAUCGUUGGAGUCCUACACCAAGCAAAAAUACCCCAAACAGCCGGGCAGGUUUGCUAAGCUCUUACUGCGUCUCCCUGCUCUGCGUUCUAUCGGACUGAAGUGUCUAGAACAUCUCUUCUUCUUCAAGCUGAUUGGAGACACACCCAUAGACACCUUCCUCAUGGAGAUGCUCGAAGCACCCCAUCAGAUCACAUGACAUACACCCCGCCCCCUAAUCAUUUUUUUCUUUCUGUAUGUGUGUCCAUGUAAGAACUGGUAAUGAAUGAACUUGACUGAGGAUUGAAGCUAGGUGUUUUGUUCUCAACACAAUCCUGAAGUAAGUUCGUGUGUGUGUGUGUGUGUGUGUGUGUGUGUGUGUGUGUGAGAUAAAGAGAGUGUGGGGUUUGUGGGGUUCAGGACUGGGUACGAAGUAGCUCUUCAUCUACCCUGUCAAAACGAGUUGUAAUAGAUUGGUUUUGAAAAGAACUUUCUCUUGUAAAUAGAUGGUUUUCAGGCAUCAAACAGCAAACCAAUGCAACAAAGAACAUUUAUUUUGUUGAAAAAAAAAAGGAAACUUGUAUUCAAAAUGCAGAAUUUCUAAAGAAUGUCUGAAUUAAAUAUUUAAAUUUA